AUGGCGUGCGGGGCUUGCAACGUUUGGUGGGAACUGUGUGCAAGUGUCUGCUGCUGCGUGGGGGAUGCGCAGCACUUAUGUGAACUGUGUGCUGGUGUCCAGAUCCUGGAGUGCCUAAAGCGUGCCAGGCGCUCAGUCUUUUGUGUGACUUUUUGCGAAGACCUUUACCCGUGUAGGCGGGGGCGCCGCGCUUUGUGUGAGGUGUGCGCUCCGUCACCGAGUGCGGGGCGGGCGGCGCUUUGUGCGAGGUGUGCGCUCCGUCACCGAGUGCGGGGCGGGCGGCGCUUUGUGCGAGGUGUGCGCUCCGUCACCGAGUGCGGGGCGGGCGGCGCUUUGUGCGAGGUGUGCGCUCCGUCACCGAGUGCGGGGCGGGCGGCGCUUUGUGCGAGGUGUGCGCUCCGUCACCGAGUGCGGGGCGGGCGGCGCUUUAUUCCCUUUAAGAUGUUGAAAGGACAUAAUCAAGCCGUGAGUUCCUGUCAUUUCUGCAUUGAGGACACUAAGAUUCUCUCUAGUUCCUACGACAAAACUGUGAAAAUUUGGGAUGCUGUCACAGGAAUUAAUAUUCAUAAUUUUGAAAACUGUCAUAUGGGUCCUAUUUCAGAAUGCAGCCUGACAGCAGAUAGCACGAGAUUUAUUACAUCAUCCUAUGACAAAACAAUAAAGCUUUGGGAUAUGGAAAGUGGACAAGUUCUGUGGUCUUUCAACCAUGACAGUAUUAUACUUUCAUGUAAAAUUUCUUUUGAUGGUAAAUAUGUGAUCUGUGGUUUGGAUAUAGAAAAUGCACUCUGUGUCAUUGAUGCAAAAAAUGGGAAUGUCAUUACAUAUGUCAAAGAUCACCAUGUUAAACCAAUCACUACAUGCUGUUUUAAUCCUGACAGCCUGCGAAUAGCUUCAGCAUCAUCUAAUCUUGACAUGAAGAUUUGGGAUAUAUCAGCUAAAGCUACACUUCUAACAAUUCAUAAUGCACAUUCCAAUAUUAUUGCGGAUUGCUGUUUUACCUUCAGUGGCCAUUUCUUAUGUACAGCUGCUUGGGACAAGACUUUAAAAAUCUGGGAUGUAAAUACAGGAGGAUUUCGAAAUGAGGGAGCAUGUGUAACUCUGAUGGAAGGUCAUGAAGGUUCUGUCAGUUCCUGUUUUUUUACCAGUGAUGCCUCACUUGUUGUAUCUGGAUCAUAUGACAAAAUAGUUAAUGUCUGGGAUGUGGCUGGAGGAUACAGAAAAUGUACAUUAAAGGGACAUGGAGACUGGGUGAUGGAUGUUGAAAUUAGCAAAAACCAAAAAUGGGUUAUUUCUGCUUCAAAGGAUACUAGUCUAAGACUGUGGAACAUUGAAAAUGUUGAUCAAAUUCCUUUGUUUGUGGAAUAUAGGAGAUCCCAUGGUUUCUACAGAAUUCAGUGUGAAAAAUGUAAACGACCUUUCUCACUCCCACAAGCUGAAGAUGAAGAAUUUGAACCACCAACCCAAUGUGUAUUUUGUCGAUUGGCUUCUUCAAAAUAUUCUUUGCCAAUUUCAUCUGAACUUUAUGAAGAUGAGAAAGAUGUCCAGAAGAAAGAGAAGUGAAGUCUGUCUGUACCACUCUGGGGUAUGCAUGUGGUUUGUAAAACCCAGCUUCCACAUGAGUCCUGAAUGAGUAAACAGGACAGGUUAGUCUUGGGUAAAGCACAGAACAGAACAGUGGUGACCCUCUUCUGGAAUAAAUGAUUUAUUUA